AUGAUAGAGGAAAAAACUAUAGUCCAGUUUCCUAGUAAUGGUACUUAAUCUAUACAUUUUUAACUUGGAUCAGUUCUUAAUUAAGAUAAAGAUGCAAAAAUUUAUCAAGCGACACAAUAUUAUUCAUAAAAUCAAGAGAAUGUUGCCAUUAAAAUAUAUGAAAAAAUUAACGAAUAUGAAAAAAAAUUUAUUGAUUGGCUAUUUUAGAAAUAGCCCUAAGAUAGUUAAAUAAUAUAAAUCCAAUAGAAAAUUGAAUCCAAUAAUAAGACAUAGAUAAUGAUGGAAUUAGGAGAGAUUAAUUUGUAAAAUUAUUUAAAAUAAAACUAAAAUUUAUCUUGUGCUGAAAGAUUUAAAAUUUUUCUUUAAGUAUUUUAAAUUUUAUAUUUUUAGAUAUUUGAUGCAAUUAAAUUCUUACAUGAAAAUGAGUAUUUUGGGAGAGAAAUUAAAUCAUCCCAUUUUGUAAAAGUGAAAAAUAGAUUUAAAUUAUGUAUUUUUGGAUUCAAGAAAAACCAUGAAGUUAGUUAAAUUGAGAUUAAAUCUUUGGAAAAUUUAAUCUAAGAAAUAUUUCAAGGAGAAAAAUUGAUUUAAAGUUUAUUUUUUAAUUAUUUAAGGAUCAAUUGAAUAAGAAAAUAUAAGUGAAAACAAUCAUGAUUUUUUAGUUAAAGACAUUUAAACCUAUCCAAAAAAUAAUGAUAUUGAAUGCCAAUAGAUAAUACAGAUACCAAAUAUAUAAUAAGAUUAAAUAGAUUAAAAAAAUUAAACAUAAUAAUAGAUACCUUAGGUUUAAAACAUUAAUUAUCAGUAAAAUGUUAAUUCACUUAUUGAUGCUCCUACAUAAGAGUUUCCUAAGCGUUAUUUUAUAUUAACAAAACUUUUAGGAGAUGGAGGAGAAGGAGGUGUUUAUUAAGCAACACCAAAAAAUGAAAAAUUUUAUAAUAAAGAUAUUGCUUUUAAAAUUUAAUAAAAAAUGAAAGAUCAUGAGAUUUAAUUUAUUGAUUUUUUAAUUGAUUAUUAAAAAAAUCAUGAAUAAAAUUAAUUUAUAAAAAGCAAUUUAAUUAAAGUUUAUGAAAGAUUUGAAUCAUAAGGUUAAUAGGUAUUAAUUAUGGAACUUGGAGGAAAAGAUUUAUUUUCUGUUUUAAAGAAUAAAUUAUAAAUAGAAUAAAAAAUUAAAAUUUGUUAAGAAGUAAUAAUUAACCAUUUAAUAUUAGAUUUCUUAAUCUAUUGCGUUUCUUCAUAAAUAAUAAUUGAUUCAUAGAGAUAUUAAACCUGAAAAUUUUAUUUAAGUAGGUACAACAUUUAAAUUAAUUGAUUUUGGUUUAAUUAAAAAAAAAGAAGAAAAUGUAAGACUUACAAAAAUGAUAGGAUCACCUCUUUAUUAAGCUCCUGAGAUCAUCAAAGGAUCAGACAAUUAUUAGGCUUCUGUUGAUAUUUGGUCUUUGGGAUGUUUAUUCUUUGAAUUAUUUUAAGGAGAACCUUUAUUUGAUGGUAUUCAUCAUUAUUUUAUUUUAAGGUUAAACUCUAUAGGAAGUAUAUUAAUAAAUCCUUAAUUAUUGUAAAAAUUAAUAAUAAAUUCAUCUUAAAAUUAAUUAAUUAUAAAUUAAAUAGGAAUUAAAAACUUUAAUUAAAUAAAUGAUUGAUCCAAUUCCUGAUAAGAGACCUAAUAUAGAUUAUGUUUAAAAAGAAUUAUUGCCAAAAUUCUUACCUUAUCCUAUUAAAAAUAUUU